CUGCCGCCGAGCGCAGCCGCCGGAGGCCGGUGCCCGGAGCCGCCUGGCGCAGUGCCCCGGCUCAGGGAGAGGGGGGUGCCCGGCUGGAGUUGCCCCUCCACCUCCGCUUCUGAUUUUGCUUAUUUGUCUUUGUGCACCGCGGGUAGUUAGUUCAAGCAGACUAGUCCUGAGCCUUUCUCCUCCCUCGUCUCCCCCUCCUCCUCCCCUCCCGCUCCUUCUCCCCUCCUCCCUCCUGUCCCUCUGCAGGAGACUCGGGCCGCGACGGAAAGUUGCAGCCCCAGGUCGCGCCUCGGGGGGCUGCGGGCAGCGACCAGCAGCCGCUCCUCUCCGACAGCUGCACUUCGGAGAUCUCUUCGUUCGCCCGCACGCUCGCCCACCUCAGCCAGAUCGCCCCACCCAUGACGAUGCUCCUGGACGGAGGCCCGCAGUUCCCCGGGCUGGGAGUGGGCAGCUUCGGCGCGCCGCGCCACCACGAGAUGCCCAACCGCGAGCCGGCCGGCAUGGGGCUGAACCCCUUCGGGGACUCGCCCCACGCCGCCGCCGCAGCCGCCGCCGCCUUCAAGCUGAGCCCGGCCGCGGCUCACGAUCUGUCCUCGGGCCAAAGCUCGGCGUUCACGCCGCAGGGUUCGGGCUACGCCAACGCCCUGGGCCACCACCACCACCACCAUCACCACCACCACCACGCCGGCCAGGUGCCCAGCUACGGCGGCGCGGCCUCCGCCGCCUUCAACUCCACGCGCGACUUUCUCUUCCGCCAGCGCGGCUCCGGGCUCGGCGAGGCGGCCUCGGGCGGUGGGCAGCACGGGCUCUUCGCUGGCUCGGCGGGCAGCCUGCACGCGCCCGCGGGCAUCCCCGAGCCCCCCAGCUACCUGCUCUUUCCCGGGUUACAUGAGCAGGGCGCCGGGCACCCGUCGCCCACCGGGCACGUCGACAACAACCAGGUCCACCUGGGGCUGCGCGGGGAGCUGUUCGGUCGUGCCGACCCGUACCGCCCGGUGGCGAGCCCGCGCACGGACCCUUACGCGGCCGGCGCGCAGUUCCCCAACUACAGCCCCAUGAACAUGAACAUGGGCGUGAACGUAGCGGCCCACCACGGGCCCGGCGCCUUCUUCCGUUACAUGCGGCAGCCCAUCAAGCAGGAGCUGUCGUGCAAGUGGAUCGAUGAGUCUCAGUUGAGCCGGCCCAAGAAGAGCUGCGACCGGACCUUCAGCACCAUGCACGAGCUGGUGACGCAUGUCACCAUGGAGCAUGUGGGGGGCCCGGAGCAGAACAACCACGUCUGCUAUUGGGAGGAGUGCCCCCGCGAGGGCAAGUCCUUCAAGGCGAAGUACAAACUGGUCAACCACAUCCGAGUGCACACGGGCGAGAAGCCCUUCCCAUGCCCCUUCCCGGGCUGCGGGAAGAUCUUCGCCCGCUCCGAGAACCUCAAGAUCCACAAGAGGACCCACACAGGUGAGAAACCUUUUAAAUGUGAAUUUGAAGGCUGUGACAGACGCUUUGCCAACAGCAGCGACCGCAAGAAGCACAUGCAUGUGCACACCUCGGACAAGCCCUAUAUCUGCAAAGUGUGCGACAAGUCCUACACGCACCCGAGCUCCCUGCGCAAACACAUGAAGGUUCAUGAAUCUCAAGGGUCAGAUUCCUCCCCUGCUGCCAGUUCAGGCUAUGAAUCUUCCACUCCACCCGCUAUAGCUUCUGCAAACAGUAAAGAUACCACUAAAACCCCUUCUGCAGUUCAAACUAGCACCAGCCACAACCCUGGACUUCCUCCCAAUUUUAACGAAUGGUACGUCUGAGGACACACACAAACCCUGUGAUCCAUAGAAUGGACCAAAUGCAUUUUAAACAGAAAACUGAGACCAAUCAGAUGGAAAUGGAGUUUUAAGGCAAGCAGCCAUAUAUAGGGCUACAUCUUGUUAACUGCAAUUAUCCAGGAAGGUUUUGGGCAAGAUCCAAAAGUAACCAUGCCCUUUUCUCAGGAUUAGAAAAUAUGUUUUGGCAUUUGAAGGAUUUUUUUAAAAAAUCUUUAAACUGCUUCCCCCUCCCCCUUUCCUCUGCUCUCUGCCCACCCCAUCCCUAAACUCCUUCAAUUAAUUUUAACACUUGUCCUGUUGCUUGAGAGGAAGCUAUAGAAGGUUUGUUGGUGGUGGUAAUGUUAAACUGAUGGAAAUUCUUCUUCGCCUUAGUGGUGAUUGUUUAAACUCUCACAGUCUUAAACCGUGCCAAAGUCCUGUUAUGUCUUGAACUUUUCCUCAAAGCAUUACACUUGUGAAUGUAUUUUUGUCUAAUGGGGUCGAAACUGUUGUUCAGUAUUUUUUCAGGCUGAGGAUGUGAUGUUACUCUACACAGAUUGUGACGUUUAGUAUGCAGUUGCCUUUUGUAAUAACUUUUUUUUUUGUAAAUACAUAUCCAUUGAUGCCAUAUUUAUCGUUUGUAAUUUAAUUAUUGCUACAAGUGCCGGGAACUGAACAAUAUUUAUGGAUAAAUGUUUUCUAACAAAUUCUGUACAGCUUUUGAUUAUAACUGCUUUAGCAUUAAAAUUUAUUGUUUUGAAAGAAGAACACAAUUUACAAUUUU